AUGUCAACUGGCCAGAUAGUUGUUGCACUGUCUAUGGUGACGUCUAUGAGAAAAUUACGCCGAUUGUUAAGGCAUAUGAGUCUCCGGGAUUUUAAGUCCAAAAUUAUUAAGGGUGUUGAAGACGAGGAUGUUAUUGAAGCAGACAAAUCCAACAGCAGUAUAAACAAGCGCCAAAAACUCUACCAAGAAUUCCUCAGCUCCAUUGACCAAACAGGGGAGCUGCUGGGUAUGCUUGAGGAAGAUGAUGCUGAUGAAGUCAAACAGGAGCGGCUGGAGAGAGCUGAGCGCCAAACUCGAAUGAUGGAUUCAUCCCAAUAUGCAGAGUACUGUGAAAGCCGCCAGCUGAGCUUUGCCAAAAAACCAACAAAGUUUAAGGAUUGGUUGGACUGCAGCAGUAUGGAAGUGAAGCCUAAUCCAGUUGCUUUGGAGAUCAUGGCAUACCUAGCACAGGAGACAGUGGCCCAGCUGGUGGACCUCGCCCUUUUGGUGAAACAGGACAUGGCUGCUAAAACUGGAGAUCCAUUUAAUAAUGCCAAAUCUGUGACACUUGCACAUCAUAAUGCUGCAUUACCUGAGAUACAGUUUCAAGUUCAGCCCAUUAGUUUGAAGAGCAAUCCUGACUCACCAGAGAAUACACCCCCGUCAACACCAACAACCCCUGCAUCAGCAGCACAACACAUUGUGUCCAAGACACAUUCAGGAAAUUUGGGGAAUGGAGGCAUGGGGCAAGAUUCCAGCAAUACUAAAGCUAAAGCCCGCAAGAGAAAAAAGAGUGCUGCAGCUUGUGGUCUAGAGACUCACAGUGAUGCCAUACAGCCCAGCCACAUCAGAGAGGUGAUCCGACGGUACAGCCACAAAAUUGGCCCUCUUUCCCCAUUCACAAGUUGAAGACGUUCAAGAGAA